CGAAGCGCUAGCUUGUUGAUCUAUGUGCUACUUAUUGGCUCUGUAGUUUGAUGUACUGCAGUACUUGGUUGAUAUUUUGCAGGUCAUGCCAGUUUUUAUUUGAAGACGCUUUUACAUAAAUUGUGUUCAUGAUGUUCAUUUAGCCUGCGACAACUGCAUCUUCCAUGUUGCAGCUGAGUGCAGAAUAGUCUUCAAAGCCAUUGCUUCCAACCCCGAAGUUCAUCUGCACGCAUCGCCGCUUCCAGCUUAGGACUGCAAGAAAAUGAACAGCUAGUGGUGACUACAGCGUGUGGAUGGUGUCUUAGGCGCAACGCAGCUGACGGUGCAGACUGUGUGCACCAUGCCUUUGGAGCGAGCAGCAGUACGACAUCAUCGGCCCCAUCACUGGCGCCUCAAGGAGCGCGAGCGGAACUUAUUGGCAGCUGUUCUCAGCAUUGUUGUCAUUGCUACACUUUCCACAGCUUUAGUGCACCCACGUUGGUUUUAUCUGCAGGGUGGUGGCUGUGGCCAUAAGUAUCUGGGGGUGCAGAAUUUCUUUUAUGUUGGCUACUUUGAGGAAUUCCCCCGGCACUUUGUCAACGGACCAUCACGAUUGCCUUCAUAUGUCUAUUACGGGUGGAAUGAAGUGAUGAAGGACUGUGUCACGCCAACUAUCGUCAGCCUCCAAAGAGUACUCAUAGUUUUGUGUUUUCUGGCUAUCGUGAGCAGUUUGCUGCAGUUUUUUAUGGAUGCCCUGGGUGUCACAUACAAGUGGUUGAGAGCCAUUCGAAGAAAUGCUUUCUGCAGCAUCGUGACAGUGGGCCUCUGUCUUGGAAUUGUUGGCACAUGCUACUACAUCUCAACAUUGAUGGAGGUGCAGCAAGAAAUGACUAAACCAAGCCGGAGUUCACGUGUGGAGGUCAGCUUCAGUGUUAGUUACCAUCUUGUAGCAGCAGCUGGAGCUGCAGCCGUUCUGGCUGCUGGUGCAAACCUGUUGGCUCGUCCUGUGCCAGUGACACGGCUGGGUGAUUCAGCAAUUGACAGCCUGCUCCUGGAUGAUGACUUCUCGCGGGAGACCUUUGUAGUAGGCAUCUCACAUUCAGAAAUGUGGCCUUACAGACAGGACUUGACUCACUUGCACAACUUGCCUCCAUUGCCACCCUACUCACCAUGAGGCAAGCAACUAGGGCAUCUGCUCUUCACCAAAUGAAACACUCCAGUCUGGUCACGAGGAGACAAAUAUUUGUUUUGGAAGCUGGUUCCCAGUGUAAAUGUGUGCCUGUGACAGCUACAAUUGACAUUCUCCACUAUUGAACCUGUGCAACACCUCGUGUCUGCAGCUAAAUGCAAGGCGCCCAUUUGUUUUGCAGCCAUUUUAAGAAUGUGAAAAGACAUCUUGAGAACUGAUGGGUGGUUAAUGUUUUCAUUUUAAAACUUUAAUCGCAGUCUUCGAUGUUAUUUUGAUCUGUGCUGCUGUUAGUAUGUUGCUUCAAUAGGGAGUGCACAAAUUAUGUGCAAGGUUGUGACACAAAUCUGUGUUGCUUCUUGCAAAGUUUAUUAUGCACAUCUGCUGUACUUUGAGCAGUGCCUGUUGCUACUAGGUGAAAUAGCACUUUAGAUGCUGAGCAAUUUAAUAUAUACAUAACAUUGGAAUAUUAAUGCAAUACUAUGCAUGAUACCAUUUGUAUCAAUCUGUGUUGAAUGUACAAGCUAUUGUUUGUGAAUGUACACGAGAAAAAAAAAAAGGCCACGCAACCCUUCUUUAUCCUUGGAAAUAGCAGCUGUUAAAUAUGUAAAUAAUACUGCACACUAUGCAGGAUGUAGAAAAAGUUCCUUCACACAAAUAAACAUCCAUAAAAGCAAGUAAGAGACAUUGUAGCAAGAUCACUUGUGUUGACAUGCUUACUUAACUUACCUAGUUUUUCACACAGCCUAUGUCUUGAACAAAUAUGAGCUUUGAGUGACUUGGGGAAGCAUCAGUGGCAACAAGGAUGUAGCCUUCACUUAACUCACUCAAGAAGGCUUUCACCUAAUUCAUGUCAUAAAUAUCUAUAGGCAGUAGAGCAGGCAUUACUUUUUAGGACAGCCCACAAAGGAAAGUGGAUAUAUAGGCAAGCUGUUUGGAGGCUAUCUUGCCGCUGAGAUGAAAUUCAGAAAGUUUUUAGCACUGCUGCAUCUCACUUGCACCACCCCUUUUGGUUUGUGAGCAGGCACUGCAUCCUACUCAUACUUGCACAAAUAGUUUUUGAAGUAAUGUUCGGAGUAAUGUGACACCUCCUCCUUCAAGAAAUCUUCCCAGAUAUUUUUGGCUAUUGAAGUUCACUUUCUGUUGGAGAAAAACUAGAGGCCUCUUUCCAUCACUGGUUGAAGGUGAGCAUCUCUGCAAGUUAUUGUUUCCAUGUUGGUGGUUUCCUUGAGACUAACUGCCUAUGUUUGAUCAUUUUGGAGUUUUACAAACCACUAAAUUUUGAAGUGAGAUUUGCUAAGUAAGGAGAAUUCUGCAGUGGCAUGCUUUGCUACCGAAGUGCUUGAGCAGAUCCUUGCACAGUCUGGCUCCAGUCUUUUGAUGUGCUGAGUGACACCAUAAUCCUUCUUAAAGUGGACCUGCCCCCCCCCCCCCCCCCCUUUCUUUUUAACAAUUAUUCUGUUUGACAGUCAGAAGUUCCUUUGUCUUUGGCCAUUUGAUGCGUGAAUCUUCUUAAAUUGCAAUAAUUUUUUUUUUUUUCCUGGGGCACUGCUUAGUUUUCUAGAACAGUUUCAUCUGUAGAUGCAAUCAAUUUAAACCUUGUCACACAAUUGUUGGAGGACCUUUGUGAAACUUGAAGCCCUUGAGAAAUUUCAAAGUGCAGAGGUUCACCAUUGGAGCAAAGGAGGCAAACCAGAAUGUGCAAUUAAGAACAAAACAGUAAAUAUAUUGAAAGUGGAUCAUAGAUUUUAGUGGAAAUAACUUCCUAAAGGCAUGACUACAUUUCUGUAACAUAUAUUAAUUUGAAAAGUUAUAUCCUAGAUUAGUACCUUGUCAAACUACAUUAGUAAAUUGCAAUUCUGCCAUAUGGCUACAUAAUCUAUAUAAUAUUGUUAAGUAUACAGGUUAUGGGAGUACAUGAUGAUAUGGUUAAAUAGCGGAUAUGUCACUAAUCCUAAAACCAGGAGUUUAUUAAUCUCAAACAUGAAGUAAAAACAAAACUGGCAGCAACAGUACCUUCAUAUUCUUGAACUCCCUGCAUUGUCACAGCUUUUGGUAUUGGCCAGCUUAGGUUAUUGAACUGUUGGCUGUGAUAUAUGAAUUGCGUCAUGUGGGACAACUUAAAAUGAUUCUACCUGGCAACUUUUGUCAUGUCUUCACAACAAAAAAAAAACAAAAGUAAGCACAGCGUAGAAAAUUUUGAUAGUGGUACAGAAGGUUGUGAAAGUUUCAUGUUUAAUCAGCGUUUUAGUGGAAAAAUUUCGCGUGUGGCAAACCUCUUGUUCUAUUAAGAACAGGCUCUUGCAUCCUCUUUAUCAUGAAUGACUAGAUGAAGUGUCAGCAAGCAUUCCGAAUGAGAACUUCAUAGGUGUCGGCAUUAACAAAUUUCAUUGUUACAAGCAGUGGAACGCUACACGGAAAGAUGGCAGUAAGUAGCAGCCUUUUGAAAAGUCUGUAGAACUCUAGAAAUUGUCAAAUUUCGGCUAGCGUGGCAGUUGUGUCACUCCAACCAUGGUUCAUACUCGGGAUUCUGAAAUGUGGCUCUCAGUCACAACUUUCAUUGCUGAUGUUUUUUUAUGCCAAGUUAAUGCUGGGAUAUUUCUGAAAAAUCAGUAUACCAUUAUUCUGGUUUAAUGUUUGCUUUGAGUGCCUUGUUAAAAACAGGUGUAUGUACAAACAGCUGUUGUCCAAUUGACAGUGCAUAGCCUUCCACAAUGAUGACACAUUUCUGGCAUGUGUGUGAUACAGUGGCAUUUUUUUUCUAGCUGUGUUGUGCUGCCUGAAAUUAUGAGGUAUUACAUGGGGCCUACUUGGGUAUUGUCAGCAUUUGUGGCAUGUUACACUUCUUGCCAUAGCAAUACCUAAGAAUAUUCCGAUCCAUUGUGGAUGCACUAGCAAGUGUUGUGAUCAAAUGUGCAUUAUGCUCAUUUUCACCACAAAGGAACCAGUGGUUUGCCCAAAGGAAUGUUUCAGGAAUUUUCAUGUAACUAUGCAAGAGUAUGUGUAUCAUAGUUUUAUCUAUUUCUGUUAAUCAGAGUGGAGUUUUUGUGAGAUAUUAUUGUUUGUUUCCAGCUACAACAAAUAUCUGCAACUACAGUGUUCUUGGAAUGGCUGUAUGAUCAAGACAUAUUUAGAUAGUGUAAAACAUUUAAAGAAGACACUAUCCUUAGGAUUGAUAUAUGUGUAAUACCACUAGUCUGAGCACUAAGUUUGUUGUGAGCAAGAUAAUUGAUUAUGAUGGUCUUUUUCUUUCUAUUGAUCUAAGAAAUAAGCAGUUGUGUAGACUGACAGCUGUCAAUUUCUGAUUAGCUUACAUGUUUGCAUUGUUACUAGUUUUUAAUUGACUAGAAAGCUCAAAAACAUCUUUUUUUUUCUUUAUUUGUACUUGUUGCUAACUGCUUUUUAAAAAUCCAGUAAUUGCACAACUCCGCUAGCUGCCCUAACUUGGCUAUGCAGUGCACACAACGUACACAUGCAGGAUGUCCCAGCUAACUUUAGCCAAUGAUUUAAAAAUAUGCUAGUGCACUACAGGGGGACGCAACCCAAAUGCACAUUGUUAGGCACUCUAUAGACUAAAUCAUACUGUUCUUUUUUAAUAUUCUUUUGUAUAAUUGGCCUAGAUAGUAAAUUUUGCAAGUCUCAUAUUUAGGGAGAAACUUGGAGUGAGAUAACUACGAUGCUCUACAACUGUCUACUUUUAGGUUUUUCCCUAAAUUUCAGACUUUCAAAGUUUAUAAAACAAUUUUGACUUGGUAUGCCAUUAGACAGAGUUUGAAAAAUAGAUUACUUGCAUGCAGAGUGUUCAGAAACAUGCUUUUCGUUGUGUUCAGCUACAGUGCACAGGCAUUUCCUUUAAAACCUUGGCCAAUGUUAGCUGGGACACUGUACUUUUGUAAUGAAUUUCUUUCAAAGAUGCAUGGCCAAUAAAUAAACAUUAAAAUUACUAACAAGCAAUUUAAAUUCAGUGUUAUUUCUUUCUCCAAAUUGUUUAGUCCAGACCUUGCUUAUCAGUUGUCACUAAAUAUCUGUGGCAAAGAUGAUCACCUACCCAGCUACAAAGCCACAUUCUGCAUUGUCCUUAUUUUCAUUGCUCAAAGGUGCAGCUGUUGUCUUUGUAGUGGCUGCAUAUUGUUUGCAUACUACACAUUCUUGAGUACAUACUGUACAGCUUCAUGUACAGUAUACGUCUUUGUCAGGGUAGUCAGAUAGCAGUUUCAUUUUUCUGAUCUGGCACAUGCCAUUUUGCUUGUUUAACAAACAAAUCUGUCAAUUAACUAGAAGCCGAAUGACAUAGAUAAACUGCAUUUAAUUGUAAAAGCAGACAGAAACAGCAGACAUACUGGCUGCCUGAGACAGAAAAAUAAAAAAAUAUUUGCUGUGUAUGUA